AUGGAGAUUCAGACAACAAAAUGCAAAAAUACAGAAGAUCUAUGCGUUUUUGACAGCCCGCACACGGAUAGCUUUGCGGUCUUAAACUACUCCUUCGCACAUCCAAAAGCAGCAUAUGCUAGCAUAGCUUCAGCGAUAUUUAGGAGAGUGAGAGCACUGUGUACAGAGGAGGUCGACCGAAGAGCAGCACAACUUGAGAAGGGGAAGACUUUACGCUCGACGUUGGUGCAUUCGAAGGAUCGCCUUACGCUUGAUAGGACUAGGAACUGUGUAUGGAAAAUAAAAUGCAACGACUGUACGAAGGUUUACAUAGGCCAGACAGUCAGGGAAUUGCACACCAGAAUCGGUGAGCAUAAGCGUUCCAUUAGCAAACCACCGAGAGACGCAGAUGAAUACCAGGCGAUAGUUAAAGAUUCGGCAUUGGCAGGGCAUGCACUAGACACUGGGUAUAGGAUAGAUUUAUAG